AUGGCUGGCAAACGAAAGCGGGACAUUCUUGACUUCGAUCCUACCAAAUCUGAUUCGGAUGACGAAAAUUUCGAACCCGAUGCCGAUCGUCCGCGUUCGCAAAAGAAGUCACGCUCUCAUAGAGUUACCAAGCCUGGUGUCCGAAAAAGAGGCAAAUAUCGUGGAUCUGAUAUCGAGGAUGAUGAUGAUGACCUCGAUGAAAGUGAUCAAGAGGGAUCGUUCGCUGAAGACGAUGAAGAAGAUGAAGAACCGCCCAUAAACGAGAAUACCGGCAGACGUAUCAGAAAGGCAGCUACAAAGCACCAAAGUUAUAAAGAGAGUUCCGAAGAGGACGAGGAAUUAGUCCGUGAUUCGGAUGAAGAAAAGUAUGACCUUAUUAAGGAUCCACCUAAGAAGUCCCCUCGUCAAAGGAAGUUGAUAACACUUCGGGUUCCUGCUUCGGCACGUAAAACACGUACAAAUUCUACCACGCAUGCUCCGAUUGGUGCUCGAAGAAUUACUAGAGCUCGCACAGUUGACAGAGAUGAUGCUGAAUUGGUCGAGUUGACGAUUUCUGGGAAACAUGCAAGACCAGCUCGAGGCUCCAAGAGUAAGAGUCCGGAAGUCUUAGCACGAGCUGCACGACCAACUCGUAGUGGGAAAGGUAUUAAGAAACCUGUACCACCACCUGUCUUGGAGGAGGAUACCCAAGUAGAGGAUGCUCCAGCUGUUGUCGAAGUCGCCCAGGACGUCGCUCAAGAUGUUGAUGCUGAUGCUGAUGCCGACGCCGACAUAGCUGAAGAGAACGUCGGCCAGGAAGAUGCAAUCGGUGAAGUUGUUAACCAAGGUCAAGAUGAACUGGUUGAAACGGUUGAGCCGAAUGAUAACAUGGAUAUUGAUGAUGACGAUGACGAUAUCCCUAUCACGCGAAAGACGCGAGGCGCAAGAGCUAAUCAAGUCGCGGCUGCUGAUGAGGAUACCCCCGCCGAUUAUGCCAAGCCGGCUACAAGAUCUCGUCGGCUGACCCGUAAAUCUCGAUUCAGAAAAUCUUUACAAGAACCUAGUAGCGAUUUUGAACCUGGAAAUGAUUCGGGAGAAGAAAUUGAGAACGGCUCGGAUGCCAACCAAGACGACGGUGCUGACGAUGACAUUUCUAGUCCAAGUGCGCGAGGUAGAAGAUCGUCGAGGGGCAAAGGAAGAAGGUCCGUCAGAAGAUCGCAACGGCUAGGCGAAAGUAACGAUGAAGAUGAAGUCGAUGAAAAUGAAGUGGCGGAAGAACUUAAAGAUCUUCGACAAGAUUCUCGUUCACGAAGAGAACGUCGCUCACCGAAGAUUAUUUUUGAAAAGAGAAAAGAAACAAGAAGACGUAGAGGCCAACCUGUCAAUUACGCAAUCGCACCACUUAAUGCAUUCCCAGUUGAGCAAGAGGAUGAUGACGAUGACGAUGCGACUGCUGCGACGCCGGCGCGACGCCGACGCGCAAAUGGUGGCGGCGGAUGGGAUCAUAACCUUCAUACAACUGCUGGCGCAUUAGGAGGUAUCGGUCUUGGUGCUGCCCUACACGGCGGACCUUGGGGUACAGGUGCUGCAGGUAAUGUUGAUUCCGACAGCAGUGACGAUGAAGUGAAUAUGCGUGCUGCUCCGGGUGGGAUGGUCGCUAUGACACCAACCUCGGCAAACCCUAAUCCCGGGGCCGGACUUGGGAAUUUUGAGGGUAGUCUGGCAGCUGCGCCGAACGUCGGCAAGAUUAAGAAUCCCAAAGCCCUCGCCGAUGCAGACCCGCUUGGUGUAGACAUGAAUGUUGAUUUUAGUCAUGUUGGUGGUUUACAAGGCCAUAUUGAUCAACUCAAAGAAAUGGUUCAGCUGCCGUUGCUCUACCCGGAACUCUUCACCAAAUUCCACGUUACCCCCCCCAGAGGUGUAUUAUUCCACGGUCCUCCAGGAACAGGAAAGACUCUACUUGCUCGAGCCCUUGCCAAUACGGUUGGCAUUGGCGGUAAGAAAAUCACGUUCUACAUGCGAAAAGGCGCGGAUGCCCUUAGCAAAUGGGUUGGUGAAGCCGAGAAACAGUUGCGACUUCUUUUUGAGGAAGCACGAAAAACGCAACCAAGCAUUAUUUUCUUUGAUGAAAUUGACGGUCUCGCUCCUGUCCGAUCUAGCAAACAGGAACAGAUUCAUGCGUCCAUCGUUUCAACCUUGCUCGCCUUGAUGGAUGGUAUGGAUGGUCGCGGUCAAGUAAUUGUGAUUGGUGCUACCAAUCGACCCGAUAGUGUGGACCCGGCUUUGCGGCGACCAGGACGUUUCGACCGAGAAUUUUAUUUCCCCUUACCUGAUGUUAGCGGCCGUAAAUCGAUUAUCGAUAUUCAUACCAAGGAUUGGGGUCUCACCGAUGAUUUCAAAAUGUCCCUAGCAAAGGAGACAAAGGGAUACGGCGGUGCUGACUUACGUGCCAUGUGUACAGAAGCAGCUCUCAACGCCAUUCAAAGAACAUAUCCGCAGAUAUACAUGUCCCAAGAGAAGCUCAUUGUCGAUCCUGAGAAGAUCACCAUACAUAUGACAGAUUUCAUGCUUUCCAAGAACAAGAUUAUCCCCUCAUCAGAAAGAUCUGCCAUCUCAGGAGCCUCUCCAUUCCCAAAGCCUGUUGAACCACUUCUUCGGGAUCAGUUCAAGUCUAUUACUGAGGUAUUGGAUAGUGUCCUGCCACGCAAAAAGAAGGUAACAGCAUUGGAUGAAGCUAUGUUCGAACCUUACAAUGAUGAAGAUUUCGGAUUCAACCGAGAGAAUCUGCAGCAAGAGUUCCACAAAUUCCGUGUUUACCGACCGCGACUUCUUAUUUGCGGCCCUGAAGGGAUGGGGCAAGUUUACAUAAGCGCCGCCAUCCUCCAUUAUCUUGAGGGUGUGCACGUGCAAAACUUCGAUCUAGCCAACAUAUUGGGUGAUCCCUUACCUGUUGAACAAGUACUUUUCGGACUUUUUGCCGAGGCAAGGCGUCAGAAACCCAGUGUCAUCUUCAUCCCUAAUGUUGAUAUAUGGUAUGAAUCAUUGGCGGGGCCAGCACUCACUGCAUUCAUGUCCAUGAUAAGAACGAUACAACCAACCGACUCUAUCAUGGUUGUGGGAACGGCGGAGACUAAACUAGAAGAGUUAAGUCAUGAUCUCAAGCGUGAUCUCUUUGGGCUGUCAAAGACAAAUUUCGUGGAGAUUGCACGUCCAGCUAAGGAUAAACGGAAAGAAUUUUUCGGAAGAAUAAUCUCACACAUAAGAAGAUUACCCAAGGAUUUCCCUGAUCCCGUGAACCGAAAGAGAAGAGUACUAGAAGUGCUUCCUGUCGCACCCCCACCUCCUCCCAAGCAACUCACAUUGAGGGAGAUUAAAGAGGAGAAUCAAAAAUAUCGACGCGUACUUAAUGUCAUGAAGAUACACUUACAACCUAUCAUGGAUCAAAUAAAGCGCAAAUACCGACAGUUCCGAUUUCCGAUAAUAGCUGAAUCGCAAUAUUCGUACCUCUUCAAAGAAGCAGAUCCGAAUUAUGUUAGACCUGACGUGGCAAAUGCUCCGCCGCGUCCUUACGAACUUGCAACGGAUAAGGAAGGAUCUCCUGGACUUCUCGAGACUGCGACAGGCAAAUUUUACUACAACUUGGACUCAGUCACGAUAGAGACCAGACUUGCAAAUGCUUACUAUGUUACCCCGGAAGCAUUUCUGAAAGAUGUUUCCACAUUUGAACAUGAUGCGAAGAAUUUUGGCGAUCAGUCCAACUGGUUUAAAGCCAAUGAACUCGUUACUAAUUGUAACGUGGACGUUACUGACAUUGCCGACAAACUUCGUCUCAGAUUUGAUUUUGAAGCUGAAUGGAGAAGAGAACAAUUCCGUCAAAAAGAAUACAAACGAAUACGCGAGGCUCGCAAAAAAAACCAGCAGCAACAAUUUGAUGCCGCUAAUGGCACAGCUCCGGAGGCUGGUUCACCUAAGCUACAUACCACCACAGCACAGUUCCAGGUUAUCGACGAGGAAGCUGUCACUAAUGGGGAGAGCUCAGCGCUUAUUACAACAAAUGGUAUAUCGGCCCCAUCUCGAGCGGUAAACGAAGAUGUGCCUAUGAUCGAUAAUCCACCGCUUCCCGGACCGAACUUAUCUAUGCAACCGCCUUCUCAGUGGCCUCCCACAGAGGCUCGGUCUAUCCAUACCUCCACGCGAGCAACGUUAGGAGGCUCAGGGACAAACCGAUUUUCUCAAGUAUCAGCUGUGCAAUCCAUUCCCCCGGGAGUAUCACCAUCGGCAUUGGUGAAUGAGGCAUCGCCCACUAAGACGUCAGAUCCUUCCAAUCGAUCAUCUGGCUUUAGUACGCAUGUGACUAAUGGUGUUCAUCAUGACCAAUCUAGCCUUAUUGAAAAUAGCCUUGCUGAUACUCAGCCGGUUCCUGAAGCAAGUCAGUUGACGUCUAGUGAUGGCGAAUGGAUCCACACGCAAAUGCAUGGCUUACAAGGAUACCAACUCCCGCCUAGAAUUUCCGAUGCAUCAUAUAGUCAAGUAUCGGCGGCGGGCGGGAAACCUUCGCAUGCCCCAAGCAUGGCAAAUCUGUUGAAUGAUCCGGCUCCCGACGAGUCGUCGCAGUCUCAGGUAUUAUCACAGCGAGGACAACCCAGUUCACAACAAGUUGAAUUAGAUGAGGCUGCUGGGCGAGAUUUCCUGGAACAGAUUACUGAACGUACAUCAGGCUGCACUAUCGAGCAAUUGCAGCAGAUCUUCCGAGAGAUGAUGAAUGAUCUCUGGAAGACUAGAGGCGAGAGUAACCGUAUGAGAGUAUUGUACUCUGUUACUAACGUCUUUAACGAAGCCAUAAGUGAUAUUGAGUCAACUCAAGGUAUACUGCAGCAGAGUCAAUGA